AAAUCCCAUUCAGUGCCUUGUGCAUCCUUUAGACAAACGAGGGGUGAAAAAACACAUUUUUUUUCUCUCCUUUUCCCCCCCUCUCGUUUCGGAUCUGUGGUCUCUGUGCAGAGUGUAGUCAGGCAUCGAUUGGCCGAGGUUCACCUGAGUAUUUUCCCCAUUCACGGACUUAACCUCCAGCCACCUCUCUACUGUCUCCUCCAGCUUUGAAACUAACGAGGCUUGUGCGCUUCUGGACCGGAGAUCUGGAGAUGAAGACAGAUUUCACGUUUUUCUGUCGGACUUGGAUUGGAAUAGCGUAUGCAUCAGGUCUGGUGAUUGGCUUUUCUAUGACUCCACCUAUCCUCGACAGCUCCAAAGACGACCUAGUGAUUCCAGUCCACCAAACGCUCACUAUUACAUGCAGAGGACAGCGCACUCUGGCCUGGGCCUGGCCUGAUCAGACUCUGCUGGGAGAGGAGCUAACAGACCGCCAGGCCCAGCUCCCUGUCACCAGGGGCCCUGGGCUGAGGGUGGCCCUGAUCAGCGAGUGUCCUGGGCAGCCUGGGAGGCCAUACUGCAAGAGACUGAUUCUGACCGCAGCACGGGCCAAAGACACGGGCUACUACCGCUGCUAUUACAAGGAUGUGAAGGCCGUCAUCAUCGGCACCACUGCCGUCAACAUUUAUGUCUUCGUCAGAGACCCCGAGCAGCCCUUCCUCAGGAGAGACAGCUACAGCCAGACCAACGGGAACAACCUGGAGACCAUUUUAAUCAAACGCUUCUCCAAACACGUCAUUGUACCAUGUCUGGUCACUGUGCCGGAUCUGAACGUCACUCUUUACGCGUAUCCCACGCCUCUGGAGAAGAGUGAGAUGACAUGGGACAACAAGCGGGGCUGGUCUGUCCCCAGACAAACCAUCGACAAUGUACCCAUGGUCAUCGGAGUUCUGUGUGUCGCCACACUGGGAGGCAAAGAGUUUCAGUCUGCCAACUACCUUAUCCACACCACAGGAAGUGAGGUUUACGAUGUCAAGCUGUUUCCUGAGGACCCUGUGGAGCUGAUAGUUGGCGAGGCGCUCACCCUGAACUGCACAGCGUUGGUGGAGUUUAACACUGGAGUGGACAUUAAGUGGUCUUAUCCUGGCAAAAAGACAAACAGUCGAGUGGACAUAAGGCCCUAUCGUGAAGCUCUGUCCCACGCCACUGAGGCUGUUAGCAUCCUGACGAUCCACAGUGUCAACGUCACAGACACUGGCCCCUACAGCUGCAACGUCACCAGCAUGGAAACAACACUGACCCAACAAACUCAGGUCAUAGUUUAUGACAAGCCGUUUAUCAGCCUCAGUUACAGAAAGGGUCCAGUGGUGGAGGUAACUGCUGGCCAGAAGUCGUUCAAAUUACAAGUGAAUGUGUCUGCAUUCCCCACACCUGAAACACAAUGGUAUAAAGAUGGGAAGCUGAUAAACCAGCGGCCAGAGUUCAAGAUGAAGAGGAUAAGGAUGCACCUUAACCACGCUCUGGAGAUUAAGGACGUUUGUCAGGAGGACUCCGGGCUCUACAUGGUGGUGCUGAAGAACAGCGCCGCUUCGAUUGAGAGGAAGCUCAACAUCACUCUCGUCGUCAACGUCCCCCCUCAGAUCCACGAGAAAGAAGUGGCAGAUCCUUCCAGUCCUUACCCCAGCGGCAGCAGCCAGAUUCUGACGUGCACUGCAUAUGGUCUCCCCGCUCCCACCGUCAGCUGGCAGUGGAGGGCCUGGGGUCCAUGUGUCCUCAACAGCACACAGAGCAGACUAGUCCGACGAGACAGGAAGGGCCAGAGUGACGGGAUCGCAGACUGUCAGAACUGGCAGGACAUUAACUCAGGGAACGCCAUGAAUGAAAUCGAGGCUAUAGAAACAUCCGUGGAAGUGGUGGAUGGACGACAAAAGAUAGUGAGCAGGCUUCAGAUUCGAAACGCCAGUGUCUCCAUCAUGUACAAAUGUUCUGCUGAAAACAAAGUUGGCAAAGACGAGCGACUGAUCUACUUCUAUGUAACCACCAUCCCUGAGGGGUUCAGCCUGGAUGUUCAACCUUCAGAGAAUUCCCUGGAGCAGGAGAAAGUGUCUCUGUGCUGCAGCGCCGACAACUACACCUACGAGCAGCUUCAAUUGUACCGCCUCGACCCCCGGGCCCUGCAGGACGAGCAGGGCAGUCCCCAGGAGCUGGACUGCAGGAGCGUGCACCUCUACGCGGACACCCUGGACGGCCAGCUCUCCUUCCAGGAGCCCUCUAACAGCUGGAUCCUGGACUUCAACAUCCAAGCUGUACAGCUACAGGAUGAGGGUCAUUAUGUGUGCGAGGCUCAGAGCAGGCGUAGCGGGGAGAAACAGUGCCUGUUCAGAUAUAUCUCUGUCAAAGCCCUGGAGGCGCCCCGUUAGCGCAGCCUCACCAAUCAAACGGUGAAUGUAACCGAGUCCCUGCGGAUGGAGUGCGACGUGGAGGGCAGACCCCUGCCUCGCCUUUCUUGGUUCAAAGACAACCGGCCUCUCCACCAAAUGUCAGGGAUCCAGCUUCAGGAUUCAAACCGCACGCUGAGUAUCCAGCGAGUCAGAGAAGAGGACGCGGGGCUUUACACCUGCACCGCCUGCAACCAGCGGGGUUGCGUCCACUCUUCGGCUGCCGUCAGGGUCAUCGGUUCGAGUGACAAGGCCAACGUGGAGAUUGUAAUCCUCAUCGGGACAGGAGUCAUCGCUGUUUUCUUCUGGGCCCUGCUCAUCCUAAUCUUCUGCAAUGUGAAGAGGGUUAACCCCGCUGACAUAAAGACAGGCUAUCUGUCGAUCAUCAUGGACCCUGGGGAGGUGCCUCUGGAUGAGCAGUGUGAAUAUUUGCCCUACGACUCCUCGCAGUGGGAGAUCUCCAGAGACAAACUCCGGCUGGGGAAGGUUUUAGGUCACGGGGCUUUUGGAAAAGUGAUCGAGGCAUCAUUCUAUGGCAUCAGCAAGAGCAGCAGUUUGGACACAGUGGCCGUUAAGAUGCUGAAAGAUGGAGCCACAGCCAGUGAGCAUAAGGCCUUGAUGUCAGAGCUAAAGAUCCUGAUUCACAUCGGAAACCACCUGAAUGUAGUGAACCUGUUAGGAGCCUGCACCAAACCUAAUGGUCCAUUGAUGGUGAUAGUGGAGUACUGCAAGUAUGGGAAUCUGUCCAACUUUCUGCGAGCCAAGAGAGAGUUCUUCCUCCCAUACAGGGACCGCUCUCCUAAAACACAGAGCCAGGUGAGACGGAUGAUUGAGGCGGGUCAAAUAGACCAGAGAGCUCACCAACAACUUUCCCCCUCCGACUCCCGCCUCAUCAAUCCUCCGCCUCCAUCAUCAAACACGUCCAUUCAGACUCCUGCUGUGGAGAAAAUGGAGGACUUGUGGAAAACGCCUCUGACGAUAGAAGAUCUCAUUUGCUACAGCUUCCAGGUGGCUCGUGGGAUGGAGUUCUUGGCCUCCAGAAAGUGUAUCCACAGAGACUUGGCAGCCCGGAACAUUCUCCUGUCAGAGAACAACAUUGUGAAGAUCUGUGACUUCGGCCUUGCGAGAGACAUCUACAAAGACCCCGACUACGUCAGGAAAGGAAAUGCUCGUCUUCCUCUGAAGUGGAUGGCUCCAGAGAGCAUCUUUGACAAAGUCUACACCAGCCAGAGUGACGUCUGGUCUUUUGGAGUUCUUCUCUGGGAAAUCUUUUCACUCGGUGCAUCUCCGUACCCGGGAGUACAGAUUGAUGAAGACUUUUGCAAACGAUUGAAGGAUGGCGUCAGGAUGAGAGCACCAGAGACCGCCUCACCUGAAAUAUACGGCAUCAUGCUGGCCUGCUGGCACGGCGAGCCCAAAGAGCGCCCGCCGUUCCCGUCUCUGGUUCAGAUCCUUGGAGACCUUCUACAGGACAACAGCCUGCCUGAUGGAAAGGACUACGUUCUGAACUCCUCACAGAGCUCAGAGGAUGACGGGUUCUCACAGGUCUCUUCACGACCUCCUUCUGAGGAGGAGCUGAGACUGGCCUGCAACACUCUGCCCUCCAGCAGGUAUUAUAACUGCGUGCCCUUUGCCAGCUGUGUGUUUGUGGGACCCUCUAAAGUCUGCCAGCCCAGAGUGAAGACAUUUGAGGAGUUGCCCCUGGAGAUGCACCAACAGAAAGCUCCUCAAGACAACCAGACGGACAGCGGCAUGGUGCUGGCCUCCGAAGAAUUUGAGAGAAUUGAACACAAGCACAGGGGAGCGUCCUCAAAAAGUCGUAUCGGCAGCAGCAGCAGCACAGAGCCUCUCACAGCCUCUCAGGCUCACAGCAGUGAUGUCAUCAGCUCCCGACACCGUCCGCACUUCUUCAGCCAGCUCUCAGGACAAACUUUCUACAACAACGAGUAUGGACAUCUGUCCGAGGAGGGCUUCUGCGACUUCUUCUCCUCGCCUGACGCCCCCUGCCUGGCCUCCUCCAAUGUGUAAUCUCACCAAAGACGCAGCCCAGAAGAGAGGAGAGGGUUAAAAAGAAAAGUGUACUGUGCAGGUCAGGGGGUGGGGGUAAGCAAAUGUUUGGCAUCCUCUUAGUAUUGAUAUAUAACUAAUCAUUUAUUAUUAAAGAUCAGCUUAUGACCAGAGCUGACCUCUUCUAAUUUCUCAAUCGGUCCUCUCUCCUCUGGGCUGCUGCCUCUACAAACAGACUGAACUACAAGUGCCUGAAGUUCCUCAAAUAAGCCACUGGGUGGCAGCAUUAUGAUAGUAUUUUCUACUCACAUUCAUUUAUAUUUUUAUCUUUCAUAUACAGAGUAUUUUUCCUUCAUUUGUACAAAUUAUAAUUCAUAUGGGAAGAAAUAAAGACAUGUAUCUUCUUUGUCCUCUUAAUUAAGAUUCUGAAGUCAAAUUAGUCUUCAGUUCAUGUUUCAGAGGAAACGUUCCACACUGUAAUAAAUAACCCGGGCAGCAA